AUGCCUUCCGAUCGCAAGGACGAGUCGCGCAAGGCCCGUCCGCGCCUCGAGGAGGCCAUCACCAACCCGGGCGCUGUCAAGAUCAACGUUACCGGCGCCUUCAUCGUCGACGACGAGCCCCGGUCCAAGAGCCCCGUCGACGCCGAAGGGGUUCACUACGAGAACAAGGAUAUCCGCCUGCCCCAUCAUACCGGUGUGGUGAGCCAUGUUGCGGUCGAUAUCGGCGGAUCACUGGCGAAGCUCGUGUAUUUCACCCGCGAGCUGGACGCCGCCGAUAAUGGCGGUCGCAUGAACUUCAUCAAUUUUGAGACUCAUCGCAUCGAUAUCUGCAUCAACUUCAUUCGCCAAUUGAAGGAGGAACACGAGCGCCGCAAUGGCUCCGCCCGGGACGAGCUCUGCGUGGUCGCCACCGGCGGCGGCGCCUUCAAAUUCUACGACAAGCUCAAGGAGGCGCUGGAUGUGAAUAUUUUGCGCGAGGAGGAGAUGGAAUGCCUGAUCAUCGGCCUCGAUUUCUUCAUUACCGAAAUUCCCAACGAAGUCUUCACUUACAGCGACGCCGAUGUCGAGCCCAUGCAGUUUGCCGAGGCCCGCCCGGAUGUCUACCCGUAUCUGCUCGUCAACAUCGGGUCCGGCGUGUCGAUGAUCAAGGUGUCGGGCCCCCGACAAUUCCAGCGGGUGGGGGGAACACAUCUUGGUGGCGGCACGUUCUGGGGAAUCAUGUCGCUGUUGACGGGCGCUCGCACGUUUGACGACAUGCUGGCUAUGGCGGACCGCGGCGACAACAGCGGCGUGGACAUGCUCGUCGGAGACAUCUACGGCAUGGACUACAGCAAGAUCGGGCUCAAGAGCACGGCCAUCGCGAGCACUUUUGGCAAGGUAUUCCGGCUGAAGAAUGCCGCCGAACGAGGUGCCGAGGACGGCGAAGGCCUGCUUCAAGAUGAAGAUGGCGGCCAAAGCAACGGCGACGUCAAUUUCCGCCACGAAGACAUGAGCCGGAGCUUGCUAUAUGCCAUUAGUAACAACAUUGGUCAAAUUGCCUAUCUCCAGUCGGAGAAACACCAAGUGAAGCACAUCUACUUUGGCGGCUCUUUUAUUCGCGGCCACCGCCAGACCAUGAACACGCUUUCCUACGCCAUCCGCUUCUGGUCCAAGGGCGAGAAGCAGGCCUAUUUCCUGCGUCAUGAAGGCUACCUGGGUGCUGUUGGUGCUUUUAUCCGCCGACAGCCGCAAAACUGGGGCCGCCGGAACAGUAUCGACGACGUGGCUGCACCGCAGGCGGUGCGCAACCUCGUCCAGAACAGUAUUCUCAACCAAGAUCCACCGAAUGGGCCGUCGAGCUCAUCAUAG